CGCUUUGGCACCCCGUGAAUUAAACCAAGCCUCACAUGCAUCCCAGGCUGUUGCGGCGAAGCAAAUUAUCAUUGAUUCACCUGGUGUCGGCUGGCUUCGUCAUGUCGCAGCCGGUCUGAGGAGUCAGUCGUAAAGGAACAUGGACCUCUUGACUCGAGGCAGAUAAGAAUGGCCAACAAGAUACACUACGAUUUCACAGACACUUUGCCCGGUAUGGAGCGCUCAGAUUCGGCCCACACGAAUUCGAAGAAGCCCAAAUCAGAAGCCUCAGCCUAUGAACCUCUACCUGAUCAUGCAACCGGAUUCCGUAACAUGGAUCUACCUGAUGUACUUGAAGACUCGGUUCAGCAGCUUUGCACUCCAACAUCUCGGAACUUCAUUGUAGACUUUGGUGAUGAGGAAGCAUGGGUGUCCUUCGAUCAACCAGCUGAGACAAUCCGUUCCUUGCUCGACACACCACGUUCGUCCACCCUUCAUACUCGAUGGAUCAACAUCUGGUAUCCUUUCCAUCAACGGCCUCUUCUUGAGCUACUGGCACAACAGUACGACUUCUCGCCGAGAUUGCUGGCACUGAUGAGCUCCGACCCGAAACGUGUGAGACAGUAUCCUUCUCAGCCUCUCAAUGUUGAACAGAAGAAUGAGGCAAUCCUGCGACGCUCGUUCGAAGACAUCGAGAAAGGAUUGUCAUCGACUCCGCCACCUGCUACGGACACUAGCUCACUCUCUAGUUGCAAUCCUGCACGCACUGGAAACUUGUACGACAUUGUCGAUGGUGUGUGGCACUACACAUCUCUGGACCAAGGCCGCAGCUACCUAUGUCUGGGCUUCAACAGUUUGUAUAACGUGCAUGCUGUCGAAACCGGAUGCGGUGUCUCGGAGGAAAGUACUGGAACCAAAGACGCACCUCUGCCUCACAUCAAGCGAGUCUGGACAUGGCUUCUCAUCUGCGCAGACAAGACUGUCAUCAGCAUCAAUGAGGAUCUCUACCCAUACUGCGAAGGUCGACUGUCACACCCUCAGCAGCUGGUCAUGAUGGAAACACGUCGCAAUCUGAUCAACGUCUUCCGCUCACUGUCCAAGGUUGAGGACAGCAGAGAAGCAAACCCACUCGUACUCCUACCCAUCAGGAGACGACUCGGUGACACCAAAGAAGAGACGGCACAUCGUGACAAGGACGCACCUGGUCUGCUGUUCUACUACCUGUUCGAGAACUGGUUUAAUAGCUACUCUCUCAUCACGCGUAGAGAGAGCAGAUACGGUAUGGAGUUGGAGAAGCUUCAAAAGGAAAUGUUCUCAGCACCAAAGCUCCACCACAUCGAUCUGUUGCAUGGUAUUGGCAACGAGCUCGGAGCACUCAAACGCCACUACAAGAGCUACAUCAGACUUGUCGAUCGAGUGACCGAGCCACAGUCAAGCACCUUGGCAUCGAGAACAGGAUCUCGCGUCCCGAGCAAAGCAAGCCAGGAGACCUUUGACAAAGUCGCCCAUCAAGGAGCACAAUCAUUGAUGGGUAUUGGUCUGACCAGCGCGGCCAUUGUCCGCUUCGAGCGACUCCGAGAUAUGAUCAGUUUGUACGCGCUGGCCGAGUGCAAGGAUUACCUGCAUCAGAAGGAUGGAUUAGUGCAGAUGAACUUCCAGCUUGUGGCCAUGUCGCAGUCUGCCGGAGUGGAUCGCCUUACUAGGGUUGCUUUGCUCAUCAGUAAAGCAACCAUCUUGUUCCUCCCGCUGACCUUCCUUACCGAAUAUGUCUCUGCGGAUCUCGGAGUGACGUACUCGGUCAAGACCUACUGGAUCGCGUUUACUGUCGUGCUUACUCUGAGCUGGAUCCUGUUGAUGGGCUUUGGUGUGUUGAGUGGUACAAUGGAGAGCUGGAGCCUGUUUCCAAAGUUGAAGGCGGCCUGGUCCAAAGUCAAGAACUGGAAGAGGAAGAAUGAUUGAGAAGAGGAGGAGGAGGAGGAGGAGGAGGAGGAGGAUGUGGAUGAUGGCGAUGAUUGGGUGAUUGUGAAAGAUAUGGCUGAGAAACAACAAUUGCAUGAUACA